AUGCAGGGUUGCGACACUGCCCCAGCAGCAAACAAGAGACGCACAUAUGCAGCUCUAGCGGUUAUCGACCAUCAUCGCCAUCGCUGCUCAUCACUCAAAGACCAUACGCCACACGCAGACACACGCCUAGCUGCUGCAGCCUCAGUCGAAACAAAGACCGCAACCAUGGACGAGCCAUUGGCCAACCCACCUGCCGAGCUCAAAGCCGUGCUGCCGUUCGUGCAGCGAGCCAACGAGCUACGCACAGCCGACAAGGUCAUCGCCUACUGGUGCUGCUACUACGCCGCCCAGCUCGGUAUCUCUGGCAACGCAAAGGAGACCGAAGCCAAGAUGUACCUGCUCACGCUCAUGGAUACGCUCGAAGACCUCAAAACCAAACUCGCCGACAACGACGCUGUGACCAACGACGCUGCUAGCUCGGCCUACGUCGAGAACUUUGCACUCAAGGUGUUCGUCGGCGCAGACAACGAGGAUCGUGCGGGGAAAGCGACGAGAGCGACGGCGAAGAAGUUCUUGGCGGCGAGUCAAUUCAUCGAGUUGCUCAAGAUCUUUGGUGCGUUGGAACCGGAGAUGGGAGAGAAGAUCAAGUAUGCCAAGUGGAAAGCAGCAGAUAUUGCAAAGGCGUUCAAGGAGGGGAGAAAGCCACAGGCAGGCCCGCCUGGCGGCGAUCCGAAGGAGGAAGCUGCAAAUGUCGAGGCGGCAAUGGGUCCGAGUGCGGUAGAUAGUAAGGAGGAGCAAGAGUAUUUGGCAAGGGAGAUGGCGAAGCUGACGUCUGCAGCAACGGACGAGCCUUCGAUUGUUCCGUCCACUGGGGCUGAGCCGCCCAGCAGGAGCGCUUUGACCGGCGAUGAUGUCAGGCAAGCACCCACCGACGUCGCUGUCGAGACCGGUACGCUGGGCAGCGCUUCGUCCGACGCAGAAGAGAUGUGGAAGACCAGCAGCAAGUCCAACGUCGCCGACACCUUGUCACUCAGCCCUUCUACACAGCAGCAGGAACGACGGGACAGCCUAGAUCGACCACAGAUCCAAUCGUCGAGCAGCUACACCUCUGGUCUCGGUACAAGUCCCAACUCUCGUCCACUGCCGACUCCACCACAGAGGGAUGGUCUCCCGAUUCCACCGAUCAGCGCGCACCACCACAUGCUGGGCUCCAGUCCAGGUCUUGAUCAGGGCAGCGCAGGACCCGGUGCAGCUCCCGCUUCCUUUUGGGGAGGAGCAGGUGCCGAUGGACCAGACGCUGCAGGUGCAGCUUCGGUGCUGCCGUCAGUUCCUUCGGAUCGGUUGCCUUCGCUUAGCGGCAAUGAGGGCUUGAAUGGCCAUCCUGCCAUCGAGAGGAUUGACCCGCCUCUUUCGCCCAGCGCACCGAGCUUACCAACCACUCCCGGGCAGCUCCCGGGAACGCCUGGUGUGCAACUCGGUGGUCCCAGCAGUCCCUUUCCCACGACCGCCACGCCCACGGCACCAACGGCACCCACGGAACCUCCCGCGACACGCUCGACUCUGCCUCCUUCCGCUGCAGCUUUGAUCCAGCAGAGACCUGCACCUUCUGCGCCAGCCAUUGCACCGCAACCUCCAGCACCAGCGGUCUAUCCAGAGACACUGGAUGCGAAACUGUCCACACGAGUCCAAAAGCUGGCAAAGGGAGCGGCAAGCGCGGUGGAUUUCGAAGAUCUCGAUACCGCACGGAUUCAGCUUCGUCAGGCGCUCGAUAUUCUGGAAGGCAGAACGAGGUAG